GAUGUUCCACAGUUUUUUCCAAGCAAAGCUAAAGCUUGAAGAGACUAGAUCCAGUGUUUUUACAUUAUUUUGUUUUUUUUUUUUCAGCUGACGUGUCAGCCAUUCAUAGGAAUGCAGAAAAUGCCUUGUUUUUGCUACAAGCCUACAACCGUAUAAAAGUUGCUCUCUUUCAAAACCCCCCAAUCACUCGCACGGACCCAGCAGAAGCGAGCGAGAGAGGGAGAGAGAAAAACCAUGUCGGGCUUCUCAGUUGGAUCUUCAUCCGCCUCUUCUUCUUCACAAUCCACGCCCGCAUUCUCCCUCUCUAACCCGCCCCCCACCGGAUUACCAUUCGGAUCCUCCGCCUCCCCAUUGGGAUCCGCCACCACCACCUCUUCUUCCCCGUUCGGAUUCGGAUCCUCCACUUCCACUUCCUCUUCUUCUUCAGCUCCUUCCUUCUCGUUCCCCUCCCAUUCCGCUUCUAGCUCCGGUCCUUCCUUGUUCUUAACAGUAGGGUCUUCGUCCUCUACAACUUCCGCUCCGUCCCCGUUUGGGACAAUCCCAUCCGAGGCGACCUCAGCUUCGUCCCCAUUCGGUUCAGCUGCUUCUGGUUUUUCCUUGUUCGGUACCGCAUCAUCUACUAGUACUUCGGCCUCGGCCGCGGCAGGUUCCGGUUCAUCCUUGUUCGGAGCGUCUCUAUCGGCGUCAAGUACCAGUUCGCCCUUGUUCGGAACGACGUCAUCCUUCGCUCCGAAGUCUGCUUCCCUCCUGUUCGGAACGACACCGUCCUCCACGGCACCAACCUCUGGUUCACCUCUGUUCGGAACGACGCCGUCCUCUGCCGCGCCAACUUCUGGUUCACCUCUGUUCGGAAUGACGUCGUCCGUUGCGGCGCCAACUUCUAGUUCACCUCUGUUCGGAACGACGCCGUCCUCCGUGGCACCAACCUCUGGUUCGUCUCUAUUCGGAACGACGUCGUCCUCCGCGGCACCAACAUCUGGUUCGUCUCUGUUCGGAACGAUGUCGUCCGCCGUGGCGACUUCUGGUUUCGGUUCCACCCUGUUUGGAACAACAGCCUCAUCAGCGAGUACAGGUUUAUCCCUAUUCGGAACAUCAUCAUCCACUUCUCCAUUUUCAGCUUCAACUCCUCCUGCAUUCCCAUUCGCUCCAAGCUCAGCUUCAAGUUCAACAACAGCCUCACCUUUCUCUGCUUCUUCUACCGGGCUUUCACUCUCAACUGCUUCAGCCUUUUCAAAACCCACUACACCCUCCGCUACUGUAUCUUCCUCUUCAACAACAACAACCUCUUCUGCCUUCUCAUUCGUCCCACCCUCUUCCCCAGCUUCUCAGCCUUCAUUUGGGUUCUCCACCUCGUCGGCAGCCACCGCUGUUUCCACCGCACCUGCAGCAAAGGCUUCUUCUCUGUCCUUUGGAACAUCUACGGCUCCAUUGUUCUCGACAGUCACCACCACGAGUGCUUCCACUCCGGCUGCUACACAAGCUUCGUUUUCUUUGCCCACAUUUGGUGUGAGUUCUUCUUCAGCUGCAACUAGUGCUUCAACAGCAGCAGCAGCCAACUCGGCCGCUUCUUCGGGCGCUGCGGGAUCUUUUACGGGCUUUUCGUUUAGCAAACAGUCAACGCCUGCUUCGCCCUUGCAAUCACAUUCAACUACUGCUGGCCCUGCAUUUGGUGUCUCUUCAACUUCUGCAGCUGCAGCAACUUCCAGUUUGGGCACUACUGGUGCUCAGACAUCAUCAUCUCUUAUUGUGGCCUCCAGUAGUGGGUUUUCCAAGAAAUAUGAAUUUGCUGCUUAUCCUCUUCUGCUCUGUUUGUCCUGUUGUACAACUUCAAGUAUCAGCACUACAGUAUCUACUGCACCAAAAUUACCGUCUGAGAUCACAGGGAAGACUGUUGAAGAGAUCAUCAAGGAGUGGAAUGCUGAACUACAAGAGCGUACUGGAAAGUUCCGAAAGCAGGCUAAUGCGAUAGCUGAGUGGGACCGGAGAAUUUUGCAGAAUCGUGAUGUUCUUCUUGGGCUCGAGAUUGAAGUGGCAAAAGUAGUUGAGACCCAAACUAACUUGGAGCAGCAACUGGAGUUAAUUGAGACUCAUCAACAAGAGGUUGAUAUGGCUUUGCAAAGUAUGGAAGAAGAAGCUGAGCGUAUUUACAAGCAUGAGCGUGGAUUGCUUCUUGAUGAUGAAGCUGCUUCCACAAGAGAUGCAAUGUAUGAGCAGUCUGAAUUUAUAGAGAGGGAAUUAGAGCAGAUGACAGAACAGAUCAAAUCAAUUAUUCAGACCCUAAAUGCCAACCAGGGAGGAGAACUUGAUGCAAUUGAUGGGAUGACACCACUAGAUGUAGUAGUCAGGAUUUUAAACAAUCAACUAAGUUCUUUGAUGUGGAUUGAUGAGAAGGCAGGGGAAUUUUCUUCACGCAUUCAGAAACUUGCCAGCCAAGGUUCGACUGCAGAUCGUGAUUUGAUGGGUCCAAAGUUCUGGAGGUCCUGACCUCUGGAAUUGUAAAACUACCGCGACAUUUAAAAAACCUGCUUCUACCAGGUGAAGAUUAGUAAUUGUAUAGGAAAAGGUUUCGUUACACAACUCUUCCGUUUUUCGGGCGAUAGACUGCAUUUGUAGUGCCUAUGGAUGUUAUUAUUUGUAGGAACUGAUAUUCUGUCUCUAUUAACAUUUUUGGGAUGUUUAGCCGUGGAAUUCUGUAGAAAAUGGCUAGUGUAUCUGUAGCCAUCUGUUGAAAUAUUCUUCUGUUUGAAUCUGCCUGUAAAAAAUGCAGGUUAUGCUAACAUGCACCCUUCCCUCAUUAAAUGGAUGGCCAUGCCUAUUGCCGUCA